AUGGAAGCCGCCGAUGGCGCAAACGGGGUGCAGGGCAGCAGAAUUGCGCACACACUGACUGCGUGUUGCAGGUGUAGGACGCGUAAGACACGAUGUGACCCCGGACUCCCUCGCUGCGGCCCCUGCGAGCGCACCAACUCGCACUGCGAAUACUACGACCCCACGAAGGGCAGGAAGAUCCCCCGCAACUACGUCGUGCACCUGCAGCAUAAGGUGCGCGAGCUCGAGAAGCAGCUGGCGGACCUCGAGAGGGACGAUGUCGAGCCUGAUGCCGAGGACGUCAUGCGUGGGGCAGCAGCGGUGCGUGUGCAGGACACCGACGAGUCCAAGUUCCUGGGGCCCUCGAGUGGCAUCACGAUCACGCGGCUGGUAAUGCAGCUGGCGAAGCAGUUCACCGAGUCGAAAACCAUAUCUGAGAUUGUGCCCCACGCACGGCAAAAGUCAAUCAAGGCCACGUUCAAGCAGGAAGACGAGCGCCCAACGUCAAAGGUGUACCCCCUGGUCAGCGACGUUGCGGCUGAAGAGCUGCCAAAUCGAGAUCUCACCAAUCUGCUAGUCGAGCUGUUUUACUGCAAAGUGCACCCCAUGUACCCCAUAUUCCACGAGCCAACCUUCACCCAGGACGUCGAGGAUGUAUACAAUGGCUCCACCGACCCCUACCAGAACUACUGUCUGCGCAUGGUCAUCGCCAUCAGCCUGCAAAAGAUGGACACGCAAUAUGCUGGUCUCGCCGACAGCUACUAUCUUGCCGCCCUGAAGUACUUCGAAGCUGCGAUCAAGCCAAUGAACCUUAAGACACUGCAAUGCUUCGGCCUGGUAGCUGGAUACUCGCUUCUCACGCCUACAAGAACUGCAGUCUACUACAUCAUCGGUCUCGGUAUGCGACUUUGCCAAGCUCUGGGAUUGCACGAAGAGAAGACGGUCACGAGAGGGCCCGGUGGUCGGCCCGCUGAUCCGCUUGAGGUUGACAUGCGGCGGCGGCUCUUCUGGAGCUUACUCACCAUGGACUACGGUCUUUCGCACAGUCUAGGAAGACCGGCCCAUUUCGCUGCGAGACGUCAACACAUUGAUGUGAAUUUUGCUGAGCUCGUCGACGAUGUAUACAUCUCCAGGGAAGGCAUAAAGCCGGCACCACAGGCCUCGCUCAAGAAGUGGAUUGGCAUUCACUUUUACAAGAUGCGGUUGUUGCAGCUGGAGAUUCGCAAGAAGCUAUACCAGAAAAAGACAGACGAACCACAGAACGACCAGCAUCCAUGGUUCGCGGAGAUACAAAAUAAGAUCGAGGCGUGGCGAGAUACAAGCCCUGAAAUGGACGGUGGAUCCGGCUUGAACAAAGUCUGGUUCAUUGGACGCUACAACACCAUGGUUGUCUUUAUCUACCGUCCUUCGCCGCAGGUACCAAGACCCUCGCUGCAAGCUGCCAUACGUUGUUACGAUGCAUGCCAGUACAACAUCUACAUGAGUAAGAGGCAGAUCGAUACAAAAUCUGUUGAUGUCACAUGGAUUUUCGUACAGGCGAUCUUCAUGUGCAUCAACACCAUGCUUUGGACCUUGUCCUACCAGGAAGUGCGUCUUCUACACAGCCGUGAAGAGGUUGAAGGACAUUUGAACGUAGCAAUGGAAUCAAUCAGACUUGCUUCUGACCGAUGGCCCGGUGUUGCGUCAGCCAUGGAGCUGUACCAUAACCUCAUUGGGGCGUGUAUGGAGAUUUACAACAAGGACGGUGAUGUGCCCAUCACGGCCAAUUCGCCAUCCGACUGCGCUUCAGUUGUCUCAGGCAGUAUUGUGGAUGGCAACAACAGAUCUCGGACAACGAGCCCUGCGACAGCGUCCACCGCAUCGGUGAGCACGCCCUCGGACAACGUACAACCGCCGUUCGGCUAUUUACCAAACCAGGGACAGCAAUUCUUCGGCCACGAACAUGUGCGAGCUAGCUCUUCGAACUUUGCAAGCUCGCCGUCAAGUCAACACUCGUCUUUGCAGCCACCCCAGCAGCCUCAGCAGCACUACGAUCCGAGCCCGAAGACCUCGGUCGAUGCGAACGUGCCGAUAUUCAGCUAUCCGCCUACUACACAGUUUACUUCGCUUCCAACGACAUUCGCCGAGCUGCCUCAGUGGAACUCAACUUUCACAAUGCCUCAGCAAGACCCAUACAAUGCACCGACAAUGCCUCUCACUUCGCCACUGUACAAUGAAUUCUAUGCGGCGAACCAGGGCUACGAGAUGGCUGAUUACCUUAACCCAGGAUGGAGCCAGGAGGCCAGAGCUAAUGGUCUCAACCAGCAGCAACAGAUGCAGCUCAUGCACGACUUCGAGAUGAACGAAACAAGCAAGAUCGAGGAGAUGAUCCACCAGAGCCACCAGCUGUUCAUACCGCCACAAUUGCAGACGUUCUCUUGA